AAAAUUUCGAAAACCUCUGAGCAAGUUGCGAUUUACAAGUAGCUGCAUUGUCCUCUUUUGAGAGAGUUUCUAAGAAACUUUUGAGAAAAUGAGACUUUCAGUUCUGUUUUUCGUAACUCUCUGCCUUGUCCUUCUCUUUACGUACACUCAUGGUGACCCUGAGACUGCAGUUACUGAUAUAGAAGCUCGUCACCACCACCACCAUGGACAUCACCAUGGACAUCAUCAUGGGCAUCACCACCAUCAUGGGCAUCAUCACCACCAUGGGCAUCACCACCACCACGGGCACCACCACCAUCAUGGCCACCAUCAUCAUCAUCAUCAUGGCCAUCAUCAUCACCAUGGGCACCAUCACCACCAUGGUCAUCACCACCAUCAUGGUCAUCACCACCAUCAUGGCCAUCACCACCACCACGGACACCACCAUGGACACCAUCAUCAUCAUGGUCAUCAUCAUGGACACCACCACUAAGGAGAC